CGCCUCCCACUCCAGAUCGGGCGCAUCUCCUUAGGAGAGGUCAGGGAGCCGGGCAGAGCCCGCCACGCUGCAUCUGAUUCACUCUGCUCCGAGAGCCGGGCCCGGCCCUACCCCCCGCCCAGCCCUCCGGAUUACUAUUCAUAGAGCGCUCGCCGGGUCAGCCCGGGCUGCGCCCUGUGUUGCGUGUCUUGCCCCCACGCCAGAUCUUCGCCUCUCAGCAUCUUGCAAGGCAGACACCAUUAUGCCCAUUUUACAGAGCGCCCAGACGACGGCGGGAUGACGGCUGGGAGCCCCGGAGACUGCGGGGAGGUGCGGAGGAGCCCCGAGGGCCGCGUCUCUCGCCUGGGCCGCCGCCUGGGCCGCCGCAGGCGCCCGCGCUCCCCGCCCGAGCCUCUGCGGGUGCGGGCGCGGCUCCGGCUGCGCUCGCCGUCGGGGGCGUUCGCGGCGCUGGGCGCGCUCGUGGUCCUGGUGGGCAUGGGCAUCGCGGUGGCCGGCUACUGGCCGCAUCGCGCCGGGCCCCCAGGGCCCAGGGCUGCCAAUGCCAGCGCGCCCCCGCUGAGCGAGCAGCGGCGCGAGGGUCGCGGCGCCGGCCGGGCCCACGGCCCGCACGAGCGGCUGCGGCUCCUGGGGCCGGUGGUCAUGGGCGUCGGCCUCUUCGUGUUCAUCUGCGCCAACACGCUGCUCUACGAGAACCGCGACUUGGAGACGCGACGGCUUCGCCAGGGGGUGCUGCGGGCUCAGGCGCUCCGGCCCCCCGACGGCCCCGCCUGGGACUGCGCCCUCCUCCCCAGCCCCGGCCCCAGGACUCCCCGAGCCAUAGGCUGCGCAGAGCCAGAAAGUUGGGAUCUGUCCCCGCGUCGGGGUACCUCACCCGUCCCGUCGGUGCGGAGCCUGCGUUCAGAGCCUGCCAAUCCUCGCCUGGGGUUACCUGCCCUGCUCAGCAGUUACCCGUUGAAGGGCCCGGGGCUGCCCCCGCCCUGGGGUCCACGGACCCAGACUGGCCAUGUGAUUAUCACCGUCCAGCCCUCUGGUUCCUGCAUCGAACAUUCCAAGUCUCUGGAUCUGGGCCUUGGGGAGCUCCUGCUUGGGGCCCCAGCAGCUCGGGACUGUGCUCACAGAAGCUGGCCACGGCUGGACCGCCUCAGUCUGGGGGGUUAUGCCAAGUUGGGAGGAGGAGGUGACUUGGGGGCCCGGGUUUGAGGAGCAGGGGACAGCCUGCUGUGAGGCUGCAGCAUGGACCGUGGUAACAGGACCAGGAGUCCCACUGUGUAGUCGAUGCUUCACUCACAUCGCAGACUGAGGAUGGAUGCCCUGACCCCGCAGCUGCUAAGGCGUCCUGACUUGCAUGUGGGCAGAGAAGUGCCAACUGCACGAGGGUUCAAUAAGCUGGAGGGAAUGUCUUUUAAUGUGGAGUAUGGAGACCACCAUGACUCGGCCUCAGGGAUCCUUCAGCCUCCAAAAGUGGCCUUAACCCUGGACAGGUGCCUGAGUGGGCUGGAGGCGCAGGCCAGGGUGACUGGGAGAUGCACCUGGUGUGUUGGCAAACCCCAAAUGGUGGGCAAGGACCCCUAAGACUCGGAAGGUAGGUUGGGAUGUGGCAGGCUGGGACAGGCUCCCUCCACGGUGGCACUGGUGAUGGGGUUUGGGCCUCCGGGAAGAUGGGCAAGGGGGUAGAGUUGAGACUCUCCACUGCCAUCUGGGAUGGGACCCAGGCUUUAACUCCCACCACCUCAGCCCCUUUCCUCUGUCAGCCACGCAGGGUACAUGCCACUAGUGCUACACGACUGCCAACGCCUUCCUACUGAAGGCCGGGCCCCUCCCAAACAGGUCUGAGAAGCCCCCUUCUCCCCUUUGUCGUGGCCUGUGCUGCAGAAUUGCCUUCCACUUGGCAAGAAGCAUUUGCCAGUUCUCGGAAAUCCUUUUAUACAACGGAUCCGCAUUUUGGCUGACGUGGAUAGCUUACUUUAGAAAAUGGCUUGAAUUAGGGUCUCCCCUCCCUUGUUUAAUUUUCCCCAGUUGCUGGUAGGGAAAGAGAACUUUAAAAGUCAAUCCUCACAGAUUCAGUCCAUUAUUUUUUUUUAAGUUUAUUGAAAAAUGCAAUACAAGAAGCAAGACCAACACAUAACUAAACACUACAACCACU